AUGACUGUUCGGACAGAACCUCCAGUCGCCGACUGGCCCGGCUCGUCGGCGUCCUCAGACACCGAAAAGGGCAACGAAACCGACCGUUCACAGACCGAAUCCUCAUCCCCUCCUGCACCAAAAACUAUAGAGAUCGAGUUUGACAACCCAAGAGGAUGGAUCCCCGUGGCAGCAGCAGCGUGCUCGUUGUUUGUCUACCUCGGCGUGAUAUACUCUUGGGGUAUCAUGCAAGUGAGACUCGUCGAGACGACAUCGUCUAGUCUAACCACUUUGACGUUUGUUGGAUCUUUGGGUACAUCUUUCAUGAUAUCUCUUAGUGUCUUGUCGGGUAUAGCAGUUCGCAAGCUGGGAUACCAAAAGACGGCACUAUUAGGGGCCGUUUUGAUGGGACUCGGAGAGUUUCUCGCGAGUUGGACUACGAAACAUGUCGGAGCUCUGUUUGUAUUCCACGGAGUUAUUUUUGGCAUCGGAGGGGGACUGUGCAUCUUUUCGUGUUCUACUGCGCCUCUCCGAUGGUUCAAAAAGUACCGAGGUCUCGCAAUGGGUAUCGUUUUCGGUGGGGGAAGUCUCGGAGCCGCCGUGAUGAGCAUCGCAACGAAUCUCCUCGUUAGAAACCUCGACGUCGCGUGGACGUUUCGCAUCUUGGGCUUCAUGCUAUGGGGAGUCUGCAUCCCUGCAUCCUACUUUAUCCAACAACCCAAGGGUUCAGCGAGCGCCAACUUGAAACUCCAAUGGUAUCGCUUCAAGGAGCCGAGGUUCCUACUCAUCGUGGUGGGGACGGCAAUCUCGUGCUUCCCGCUGUUUAUUCCGCCGUACUUCAUUCCCAUCUUUUCCAGAUCUAUGGGGUACUCUAACCAGAUAGCCAUCGUCAUCUUAGCGGCCUGGAAUCUCGCUUCUACGGUGGGCCGUGUGUUGGGCGGAUACACUGCCGAUGUGCUGCUCGGGCCUCUCAAUAGCUUGGUACUCUGCCUGCUGUUCAUUGGCCUGAGUUCCCUCGUUGUCUGGCCAUUGGCCUCCACAGUUGGCAUCUUCUCCGUGUUUUUGAUCUUCAACGGCAUCGGAUGCGGCGCCUUCUUUAGUCUGGUCCCUCCCAUGGUCGGGGCCACGAUGGGAGCCGAGAACACCCUGGGCAUCCUCCCCAUCCUGUGGACGACUUGGUUCUGCGGCUUCUUCUUUGGUACGCCUAUCGCAUCUGGAAUCUACUCACUAGCCGGAGAUAGCCAUGACCAAGGGGUCGAGGAGUUUCGUCCUGCCGCGUACUACGCUGGAGCCAUGUCCCUUGUCGGGUUAUUUUUUAUCCUGUACAUUCGCUUCACUCAGACGAAGCGUCUCCUAGUCCGUAUUUAG